AUGCCGAAGAGAAGAGACAUUCUUGCCAUCGUGUUGAUAGUGUUACCGUGGACUCUGCUCAUCACCGUUUGGCACCAAAGCGCAAUCGCUCCGCUGCUUGCCAUCCGAAAGGGUACAUCCUCCACUUUCUCAUAGGUCCUCUGUUGCAUGGUGUAGGACUAUUCAAUAGCCAAUUCAUCCAAUCCAAUCAGGUCACAUGCCCAGUUACAGAAUAUCAUGGUACAGUACAACAAAUGCCUUCCACAGGGUCUGUUAUAGAUCCCUACGUGGUGGUGUGCGUCAUCAGAUUGUAAUAUAGGUCAUUUGUCAGUUAAGGCUAUCCAAAAUGCACUUCUUGGUAAGUGGCCUUUGAUUCGUGCAGCCCCAUCCGCAGCCUGUGCUUGGAGUAAAGCUAAUUUACUCUCAGCAUAUGGUCUUCAGCAGCCAUUCAGCUAAUCUAUUUAGCAGUUAAACUGUAGCAGACUUUUCAAAUCAAAAGGAGACUAGAUUAAUUUCUAAUGCCCUUUAAUCAGCAUCUGAAAUAAUAAUCACUGUUCCCUAAUGGCUUCCAGGCAGGCUUUAUUGAAUCUCCUGAGUCAAUGUGUUUAUGUGGCUUCUACAUACUGUACACAAGCCUGAGACGUUAUCACACUCUCACAUUAUGACCCCCCCCCCAUAAAUGUGACCCUAAGUGACCAUAAUAAACCAACAGUGUGAUAUGUCAAGUACAGUACUCUGUCUGGUGAACAGAACCAUAUUAAAAAGGCCCAAUGCAGCUGUUUUUAUCUCAAUAUCAAAUCAUUUCUGGGUAACAAUUAAGUAUCAAAAAGAAACAAAAAUAGCUUCUUAACAAAGAGCAAUUUCUCAAGCAAUAAUUUUGCUAGGACUGUCUGUCCCGCUUUCUUACACAGAAAGCAGUACAGGUCCUAAUCCAGGCACUUGUCAUCUCCCGUCUGGAUUACUGCAACUCGCUAUUGGCUGGGCUCCCUGCCUGUGCCAUUAAACCCCUACAACUCAUCCAGAACGCUGCAGCCCGUCUGGUGUUCAACCUUCCCAAGUUCUCUCAUGUCACCCCGCUCCUCCGCACACUCCACUGGCUUCCAGUUGAAGCUCACAUCUACUACAAAACCAUGGUGCUUGCCUACGGAGCUGUGAGGGGAACGGCACCUCCUUACGUUCAGGCUCUGAUCAGACCCUACACCCAAACGAGGGCACUACGUUCAUCCACCUCUGGCCUGCUAGCCCCCCUACCUCUACGGAAGCACAGCUCCCGCUCAGCCCAGUCAAAGCUAUUCGCUGCUCUGGCACCCCAAUGGUGAAACAAGCUCCCCCACGACGCCAGGACAGCGGAGGCUAUCCUAAGUUGAAUGCACCAAUUUGUAAGUCGCCCUGGAUAAGAGCGUCUGCUAAAUGACUUAAAUGUAAAUGAGUGGUCUGAGUGAGGGACCUAAUUGGACGAACCUAAGGGGAGGGAUGUGUAACCUGAAAGCUAGCCAUUAUUGGCAGAGAGGUUUGAAACUCUUUGUUAUUGUUAUUAUUAACUUAUACCGCCUGGUGAUGUCGCCAGGUAGGCCAAAACUCAUUCCCACCAAAACAGGCUGAAAUUUCAGGCAGUCUUUUCAAACAGCUCUUACACUAAAACAGCAUUAUCAUCGUUUUCACAGUAUUAUUCCAACCUCAUUGUGGAAAUAUAUAUAAAAAAACAGGAAAAUUCCAUUUUUGACACCACUGGGCCUUUAAGGUGACAGUAAAUCAAUAGCGUUCUUUGCCUCCUUCCAUUUGCCAUCAAGGUGAAAUGUAGGAUGUAAUAUAGGCAGGUGUCCACAAAUCAUCUGCAGCCUUCUCUUUGUUUUGUCUUAAAAGGAGCAGGGGGUUGCCAGAAUGCUUUCUGGCAGCCACCGCAGAACAUCUGGCCAUCAGGAGAUUGUGUUAAUCUGCUGUGUGAUGCAGAAAUAUAAUUUUUAUGUCUGAAGUGAGAACCUCCGCUCUAACUGAGCGCCGAUAAAAAUUGCCAUUAGCUAUGGAACAAUGUGGGGAGAAAUGAACUACCUUAAUGAUCCAAUAAUGAUAUUCUAUCCAUCAUAGAGGGCUAUGAGGGCCACAUAAUCAUAGCUCCACUACUGGAAUAGACCCUGUCCCUGCCAUGGCUGUUCCAGCUGAAUGAGUAGAGGCAGCCAGUGUAGCCGCUGCCCUAACCAUACUGUAGCCAUGUUGUCCACUCACCUCACGCUGCCUGCUUUCGCUUUUUGCAGCCUGUCACCACCUAGUAAAAGAGAUCUUUAUCAUACCAGAGAGGCUUGCAGUCCAUCGACACCGACUCGCAGGUACUUGCCUCUUGGAUUGUGUCACCUGAGAUUAUACAGCGGGCAACCCCGCCCCCGGGGCGUGCUAAUGCCUUACAUGUCUUCCUGUUCCCCUGCAGAUGAUGGAGCCGACGGAGGGCGGAGGGAGGCGGGCCAGGCCAGCGACUCUAAGGAGUACUGCUCCUCUGAUAAGGACAUAGUGGAGGUGGUGAGGACGGAGUACGUGUACACGCGGCCGCCGCCAUGGUCCGACGUGCUGCCCACCAUCCACAUCAUCACCCCCACCUACAGCCGCCCGGUCCAGAAGGCAGAGCUGACGCGGCUGGCCAACACCUUCCUCCACGUGUCCAACCUGCACUGGAUACUGGUGGAGGACUCUCAGAGGAGGACCCCGCUGGUCACACGCAUGCUCCGGGAAACGGGCCUCAACUACACCCACCUGAACGUGGAGACUCCCAGGAACUAUAAGUUGCGUGGGGACACGCGGGACCCCAGGAUACCCCGGGGCACCAUGCAGAGGAACCUGGCGCUGCGCUGGCUCAGAGAGACCUUCAACUCCAACAGCAGCCAGGCAGGCAUUGUCUACUUCGCUGAUGAUGACAACACCUAUAGCCUGGAGCUGUUUGAGGAGGUCAGUACAGGCCUCUCAUGGCCACGUCCAGUCCACUAGAUUCACUUUAGUAACACUGAAUAUAAUGGUAGUGGGUAGUUUACAACACAUAAUGUACAUAUUUUUGUCGUUUUACACGGCUCCUAAUUUAAUUUAAGAAUUAAUCGAAUGUAUUUUAACAUGAAUGGUGGCUACUCCUACUCCUAGUAGUAAUAUAUUGUAGUUAUUGCCUGAAGUAUUUUGAUUCCCAUUACCAACAACAGUGGUUGAGGAUAAGUUUGAACUUGGUAAUCAGUGCCUCAGGCCAUCCAUUUUGAGUCAAGACACAUUGGCUUGAAUGGAUGCUGUUGAGCCCUGAGGCAUUAGCCUCAGGUCUUGUUAGUGUGAACGGGGCAGGUUGUAAAUGGUGCGGUCUGUAUCGAUGGGCCUGUCAUUACCUUUCCCUGGAAAUCAGGCAGAGUGCUCUCCCUCUCCCUAGAAGCCUUCCAUCACUUACACCCAGCACCAGCGCUCUUUAUAGGGGAGAGUAACAACCUAUAGAGCUGAGCUUGAGCUAGCUGCCUCUGGGCUGACCGAUAGAGAGAGUCAGUGAGAAACCACUCCGACCCAACUGUAGCAGUAAAUAUCAGACCAUUCUCAUCGACCUGCUAACAGGUGUAAGUCAUGGAGGGGAUGGCUAUAACAGCUACAUGCGAAGAGGUUGAAAGUAGACAUCCAUCCAAGAGAUUGCAGUUGGAUAUGUCAUGUUGUUGUGAUCUGGACUUGAAUUAACCUGAAUGGAAAGAUGCCAGCGUGUUCAGCUUGACCUGACAUUUGAAAUAUGAAAACUGGUACAAAUUAAAUCAUUCAUACACUAUUAGAAAAAAAGGUGCUAUCCAGAACCUAAAAGGGUUCUUCUGCUGUCCCCAUAGGAGAACCCUUUGAAGAACCCUUUUUGGUUCCAGGUAGAACCCUAUUGGGUUCCAUGUACAACCCUUUCCCCAGAGGGUUUUCCAUGGAACCCAAAAGAGUUCUGCCUGGAACCAAAAAGGUUUCUACUUGGAACCAAAAAGGGUUCUCUUAUGGUGACAGCCGAAGAACCCUUUUGGAACCCUUUUUUCUAUGAGUGUAAUGUCAUGAACUCUUGCCCAGAGUUGGCAAUAAUAUGAUGUGGAUACACAGGUUACAAAUACAACGGCUGAAUCAAAUACAUACAGCAAGGAACUGUAAUGGCCAACCUAACCUUCUGGUGUUGCUCCAUUACACUACAUUAGGCAGAUUCUCUCACCCAGAGCAGAAGCAAGAUGUUCUCAAAACCAGCAAAAUUGUGUUUCUCUAUACCCCGUUUUAAGUCCAAACCAAACCAUGGGAAACAUUCCAUGUCGAGAGACAUGGGCAGAGACUCUGCUGUAAAUUGUGAAAAUUAAAACACACUAUAUAUACAAAAGUACGUGGACACCCCUUCAAAUGAGUGGAUUCAGCUAUUUCAGCCACACCCGUUGCUGACAGGUGUAUAAAAUCGAGCACACAGCCAUGCAAUCUCCAUAGACAAACAUUGGCAGUAGAACGGCUCAGUGACAUUCAACGUGGCACUGUCAUGGGAUGUCACCUUUCCAACAAGUCAGCUCGUCAAAUUUCUGCCCUGCUAGAGCUGCCCCGGUCGACUGUAAGUGCUGUUAUUGUGAAGUGGAAACGUCUAUGAGCAACAACGGCUCAGCCGCGAAGUGGUAGGCCACACAAGUACACAGAACGGGACCGCCGAGUGCUGAAGAGCGUUGCACGUCUGUCCUCAUUUGCAACACUCACUAACGAGUUCCAAACUGCCUCUGGAAGCAACGUCAGCACAAGAACUGUUCGUCGGGAGCUUCAUGAAAUUGGUUUCCAUGGCCGAGCAGCCAAGCUAAGCCUAAGAUCACCAUGCGCAAUGCCAAGUGUCGGCUGGAGUGGUGUAAAGCUUGCCGCCAUUGAACACUGGAGCAGUGGAAACCCAUUCUCUGGAGUGAUGAAUCACGCUUCACCAUCUGGCAGUCCGACGGACGAAUCUGGGUUUGGCGGAUGCCAGGAGAACGCUACCUGCCCCAAUGCAUAGUGCCAACGGUAAAGUUUGGUGGAGGAGGAAUAAUGGUCUGGGGCUGUUUUUCAUGGUUUGGGUUAGACAUGGCGGGCUUCGCCAUCAACCUGCGGCUCAUUCUCUUCAAGCCCCAGGCCUACUUCAAGCUGAGGGGAGUGUAGGGAGGCUACCAGGAGAGCAGCCUGCUUCGGGAGCUUGUCACACUCAACGACCUGGAGCCCAAAGCAGCUACGGGUAGUUCCAGUGAAGGGAAAUCUUAACGCUACAGUAUAGCCUACAAUUAUAUUCUAGUCAAUUCUGUGCUUUCAACUUUGUGACAACAGUUUGGGGAAGGACCUUUCCUGUUUCAGCAUGACAAUGCCCCCGUGCACAAAAUGAGGUCCAUACAGAAAUGCUUUGUCAAGAUCGGUGUGGAAGAACUUGACUGGCCUGCACAGAGCCCUGACCUCAACCCCAUCGAACACCUUUGGGAUGAAUUGGAAUGCAGACUGCGAGCCAGUCCUAAUUGCCCAACAUCAGUGCCCGACCUCACUAAUGCUCGUGGCUGAAUGGAAGCAAGUCCCCGUAGCAAUAUUCCAACACUGAGUGGAAAGCCUUCCCAGAAGAGCGGAGGCUGUUAUAGCAGCAAAGGGGGUACCAACUCCAUAUUAAUGCCCAUUAUUUUGGAAUGAGAUGUUCGACAAGCAGGUGUCCACAUACUUUUGGUCAUGUAGUGUAGCUCAUGAAAUAUGCAUCUGCCAUAGUUAAACAACAUCACUGUAAAGGGGUGCAUUAAUUAUUAAGCUUUCAUAAAAAAUGCUUAUGUUGCCUUUCCAAAGCCACAAGGAAUAUUUACAGGCAGCGCCUGCAUCUAUUUUUAUCAUAUUUAUCCUUCUGUAUCCUUCUCCUUCAGCAUCCACAUUCAACAUUGUGAACCAGAUCACUUAGAACAGAAUAUAUCACCUAAGUUGAAUACUUUUUUAGAUUAUAAAAUAAGUAUUUGAUAUAAAAGGUAAAUAGAAUGAUAUUGCUUCUGGUUUAGGUAUCAUGUGGUGUACUGAUGAAAAUGGGCCACAGUUUAGGAGUUGAACUAACCAUUUCCUACUGUGUUCUCUAUUGACUAAGCCAUCAAUUCCAUAUAUUAAAGACAGAUAAUCAACCUAUAGCAGUAUAAUCACCCGAUUACAAUAUCAGUCUGUUUCUGAUGACAACUCACUUUAGAGCCUCUGUGAACCAGUACAGAUCCCCAUCUCCUCACUCUCUCCCGCGCUCCAGAUUGAUUAAUACACCUGGAUGUCUGUCGUCUCCCUUUAAAGUUUGGGAUUAGUUUCCUUUGUUGUGCUCUGACUUCAAGAACAUAGGCAGACUGUCUCUGUGGGCCUCCCCCAUCACUCGCCUCGCCCCAGUAAAGGAAACAUAGUUUACACACACACAGACAGAGAGAGACAACAGGAAAUUUAGCACAAACACUUAAAAUUCACGACAAUUGGGCAGCACUUUGUGGCAUUUCCACUUGCUCAGCUCUAAACUGAGGAGGGAUGGGGUACUGUUUCAGCACUGAUUCCCGUCAGUGGCAGCAUUGGAAACAUUCAUUUUCACAUUGUAGCAUGGAGGGGGAGGGGCAACCCCCCUGACGAUGCUCGAGCAAGUUUCAUUCCAGAACCAAACCCUUGAGGAAAACAGCUAUUUCACUCGUAGGAAAGAUGCAUGAUCUAAACUUGUGAUAAAAGUCAGUUUUCUAAUGAACAGAAAUCACACGUGACCCUUGGGAGAGGGUGAUGUCAUCCCUAACACACAAUCAUGCGAAAUGUUAUCUGGGUGGCUAGCCUGGCAGAGUCCUGGUCUCGGUGGCCCAGAUGUGUUUCCAAACUGCACUCAUAAACCCUGGCCCCCUCCAUCCUGUUCUCACACACACGUCUCCUCUCUGAUCCCCUGGGCUGAUGGGUGAUCAUCAGAUACGGCUAGAAUACUGGGACACACACAGAGUGAGCCCUGUUUCCACAGUGUUGUCCUACCCACCCACCCACCAGACAAAUCUCCUCUCCCUGCUACACACUUCCACAACAGUACACCAGCACCAGUAUUAUUGCUACUGCUUUGAGUGUGGAUAAAUGACUCUACAGUUCAGCCCUCCUUAUUAGAACACUUCCUUUCAUGAUUUGGCCGGCUCUCUCUCGCUGCCAGUGGCGCAGAAUUACAGUCGACAAAGAGCGGGCGGCCGGGAGAUUGUUUGAUGCUGGAAGACUAAAGGACAAAUCUGAGCCUCUGAGGAACGGAAGAGGCUCGGCACCUUUCAAGCAUCUCCUCAACCAACCUGCUCUUCUUCUCCCAUCCACUCUCUGUAAUGGCCCUGGUCCUCAAACCCACUUAGCUCUGUCCACAUUUGCUCUUCUUAGGCUGGGUCCAUCAGGGUGGCCCUGCAUGGCUCCUGUGAUACAUGCAACAUACACAACGUAGCCUUCAGCUCUAUUUGUAUCAUUGUUUGCAAUGAAAACUAUCGUCUCCUGUAAUUACUGUAUCUUGCCUUUUUGGCACAUCUCGUAUAGACACUGAUACACUGAUCCUGUUAAUUAAAAAUACAAACAGCACAAAGAUGAGUAACUCUCUCUGUCCUCUCUUCCUGUCUAUCCAGAUGAGGUCAACAAGGAAGGUAUCUGUAUGGCCCGUGGCCUUCGUUGGUGGUCUGCGGUACGAGUCGCCCAAGGUCAACGCAGCGGGGAAGGUGUACGGCUGGAAGACUGUGUUCGACCCUCACCGGCCCUUUGCCAUCGACAUGGCGGGCUUCGCCAUCAACCUGCGGCUCAUUCUCUUCAAGCCCCAGGCCUACUUCAAGCUGCGGGGAGUGAAGGGAGGCUACCAGGAGAGCAGUCUGCUUCGGGAGCUUGUCACACUCAACGACCUGGAGCCCAAAGCAGCUAAUUGCACUAAGGUAGAUAGAGCAAAAUAGAUGCUUUCUUUUUACAUGUUAUACUCUGUCAUUUUACACCAUAAUAUCCUCAUUUUACCUAUUGGUAUUUUAUAUAAUGUCAGGCAAAUGUGAAAUCCAUACUCUGAUGAUCCUCUGGAGGAUCCAACUUUAGUGCAGAGGCAGUGGCAAGUUCACUCUCUCCAAAACAACUUCAUAUAUAACCAGGUGCUAAAAAUGUCAGCGGAUCGAUUAGGUAACUGGCAGGCUCCCCACACAUAGUGGGAGUGAUUGUAAAAGGCUUAAGGGCACGGUGUGGUGUUUCAUGCCCACUUCAUCUCCGACCUGGCUGUUCCCUGCCUGGCCCUGGCCGUAGCCCCAGCUGCUAAGCCUCUCCCUGGGCAGAGAGGAGUCACCCAGGGGCCUUAGCUCACCACCGCUCACACUUACAGGAUGGGAUAUUCAGCCUGAUUAUAUUCAGGACUCCUGGAGGGGAGUAGAUGAAAAGAGGGGGGUGGAAUGGAGCAGGGGGCAUCCUAGCAUGCAUUCAGCCCAGAUGAGCACAGGGAGAGGGAUGAGCCGUGCUCCUGCACCUCUCCUCCUUAUAAUCUACCUCUUCAGACGCAAGUGUGACUAUUAACCUCAUCUACACCUGGGUAAAGUGGGAGUUGGCUCAGGGUGGAGGCAGCUCAAACAUGCUCCAUGCAUAAUUCAUUACUGAGGUGGAGGAGAUGAAAGGUAGGGCUGCUCAGAGACUGAGGGGAGAGAGGAAGAAAAUGAGCUCUAUACGUCGAUUCAUUUCCACCAUCAAUCUCCUGGAUGUGUAUCCAGUCUCCAGGGCCAAAUCAUCCCACUCCAAAGGCUUGAUUGGGGCUAUAGUUACCGGUACGUGACGCACCCAAAAGAACUGAGCAGCAUCCCUUACAAAGAGCCAAAAAGAAGAGCAAGUACUUAUUUUUCCAAUACGGCCACUCUCUAUUCACUAUCAUAUAAUGUUGAGCAGGGCCGAGCUGACACGCCGGAGUACAUUGUUAUAGAUAGGUUUCCAAUUGUACCAUCUGUACUGCUCUUGUUGCUAUAUCUAGAAGUAGAUGCUCAGAAGAACAUCACCACAGCCCACGCGGAGAGGAGAGAGGAGAGUGGAGGAGUGGAUGGGUGUGUGUUAUAUCGUGAGAGUGCUGCCUGAUGCUGAUUAUUUUCUCUGAUAUUUCUCUACAGAUUCUCGUUUGGCACACUAGGACGGAAAAACCUGUCCUGGUAAAUGAGGGAAAGAAAGGAUUUACAGACCCCAAUGUGGAGAUUUGA